GUUGGCUGGUGACACAUAUCGCCCAUACCCUCAGAGGCCUCUCAAACGGGGAGCAUCCUUCGAAUCAAAUAUUUUAACUAGAAUUUGGAAUUGAACGGAAGGGAGAGUAUGCGAAAAUGUCGAGCUCGGCAAGUGAUUCAAUGUACACCCUUCAAGAGGUCUUUGGCAGAGGCAAAGGUCUCGUCGCCGCACAAAAGAUCCUCAUGGGGACGCGCAUCCUUUCUGAAAAGCCCAUCAUUAGAGUGCCCGAAGCUGCGCCUGACAAUCAGACCCUACGAGCAUCUAUACGUAGGCAAGUCGAUGGACUCACCCCGGACGAACGACAAGCCUUCCUCUCCAUGCAUAACAUUUAUGCCGACGAUGCUGCCUCGCGGUACCUUGGAAUCAGUCGAACGAACGCCCUCCCUUUUGGGGACGAUGUAAGGGAAGCGGGUAUUUUCCUUAACGCGUGUCGCAUCAAUCAUGCCUGCGACAACAAUGCCCAGAAAAGCUGGAAUGAGAACAUCCAACGGCACACUAUCCACGCAUUACGAGAUAUCGAGAAGGGCGAGGAGAUCACAAUUUACUACCUUGGUGUCCUCAACAACCGCAAAGCCCGCCAAGAGGCUCUUCGACGAAAAUUCGCCUUUACCUGCUCGUGUCGUCUUUGCUCCUUACCACCAGAUCAGAGCGAAGAAAGCGAUAGAAGGUUGGAUGAGAUUUUCAAGCUGGAUGAUCUCAUCGGGAGAGACGGCGUAAUGGGGAUCGUGUCGGCCCCACUACGUAUACUUCGGUACUGUUGGAUUGGCAGGAUCGUGAAUAGGUCAUGGAUUGGUCUGUCUGCCUGUGCCUGCCCUCAGGCCAGGUCUGAUCGUCUAUAUACAAAAUGCU